GGGGGGUGGGGGGAGGCAGAGCAAGGCUGGCCUUGGAGGAGGAGACAGGCACGGCCACCAACCUUCCCGCUUGCAUCCCAAGUGACUCCGUGCGGCCCCUCCCUCCCGUGUCCUCUGGCACAAGCAGCCGGCACUUUCUGAGUGUGAUUUCCCAUCGAGGCGUAAAAGCCUCGCCGCCAGCUGCAGAGGGUGUGAGAGCAGGUCGGAGGUGGGGGCCCGGCCGCUGAUGGCUCUGGCGGCCGGGGAAAGUGUGGGAAGCUCAUUCCAGGAACAGCGGAGUGAUCACCGGUUGGCCGGCGUUCAGGCGGGGUCCUUGGUGAGCUUUGUCAUGGUUGUUUAAGGAACCUCACCUAGAAGUCCCAACACGCAGUUCCCGUCGCCGGGAAGGCUCGGACUCCAAGAUGAUCAUAAAGGAAUACCGGAUCCCUCUGCCGAUGACCGUGGAGGAAUACCGCAUCGCCCAGCUCUACAUGAUACAGAAGAAGAGCCGCAACGAGACGUAUGGCGAGGGCAGCGGCGUGGAGAUCCUGGAGAACCGGCCGUACACGGACGGCCCCGGCGGCUCUGGCCAGUACACGCACAAGGUGUACCACGUAGGCAUGCACAUCCCCGGCUGGUUCCGCUCCAUCCUGCCCAAGGCCGCCCUGCGGGUGGUGGAGGAGUCCUGGAACGCCUACCCCUACACCCGGACCAGGUUCACUUGCCCCUUUGUGGAGAAAUUCUCCAUCGACAUUGAAACGUUUUAUAAAACCGAUGCAGGAGAAAACCCGAAUGUGUUCAGCCUGUCGCCUGUGGAAAAAAACCAGCUGACAAUCGACUUCAUCGACAUCGUCAAGGACCCUGUGCCCCCCAACGAGUACAGGACAGAGGAGGACCCCAAGCUGUUCCACUCGACCAAGACCCAGCGGGGGCCCCUGUCGGACAACUGGAUCGAGGAGUCCAAGCGGCAGGUGCUCCCCAUCAUGUGCGCCUACAAGCUGUGCAAGGUGGAGUUCCGCUACUGGGGCAUGCAGUCCAAGAUUGAGCGCUUCAUCCACGACACCGGCCUGCGGAAGGUGAUGGUCAGGGCACACCGGCAGGCCUGGUGCUGGCAGGACGAGUGGUACGGGCUGAGCAUGGAGAACAUCCGGGAGCUGGAGAAGGAGGCGCAGCUCAUGCUCUCCCGGAAGAUGGCCCAGUUCAUCGAGGAUGACGAGGAGGCUGCAGAGCUGGCCAAGGGCGAAGCCGGCCAGGCCCAAGCGCCCGGGGAGCCCCCACAGCCCAGCAGCGGCGGCGAGGCCCUGGCCGGCCGGGGCCUGAAGAAGCAGUGGUCCACGUCCUCCAAGUCGUCCCGGUCGUCCAAGCGCGGAGCCAGCCCUUCCCGCCACAGCAUCUCAGAAUGGAGGAUGCAGAGCAUCGCUCGGGACUCGGACGAGAGCUCUGACGACGAGUUCUUCGACGCUCACGAGGACCUGUCCGACUCGGAGGAAAUGUUCCCCAAGGACAUCAGCAAGUGGAGCAGUAACGACCUCAUGGACAAAAUCGAGGGCCCCGAGCCGGAGGACACGCAGGACGGCCUGUACCGCCAGAGCGCCCCCGAAUUCAGGGUGGCCUCCAGUGUGGAGCGGCUGAACAUCAUGGAGGACGAGGUCAGCCCGCCGCUGGCCACGCCGCCCUCCAAGGUCCACGUGCUGCUGCUGCUGCUGCACGGAGGCACCAUCCUGGACACGGGCGCCGGGGACCCCGGCUCCAAGCAGGGCGACGCCAACACCAUCGCCACCGUGUUCGACACCGUCAUGCGCGUGCACUACCCCAGCGCCCUGGGCCGCCUCGCCCUCCGCCUGGUGCCCUGCCCGCCCGUCUGCUCCGACGCCUUCGCCCUGGUCUCCAACCUCAGCCCCUACAGCCACGACGAAGGCUGUCUGUCCAGCAGCCAGGACCACAUCCCGCUGGCCGCCCUGCCCCUGCUGGCCACCUCCUCACCGCAGUACCAGGAGGCGGUUGCCACGGUGAUCCAGCGGGCCAACCUCGCCUACGGGGACUUCAUCAAGUCCCAGGAGGGAGUGACCUUCAACGGCCAGGUCUGCCUGGUCGGGGACUGCGUCGGGGGCAUCCUGGCCUUCGACGCCUUGUGCUGCAGCAGCCAGCCGGCGUCUGAGAGCCGGAGCAGCAGCCGCAGGGGCAGCGUGGCCAGCGUGCAGGACGCUGACCUGCUGUCCCCGGGCGGCCUGGUAAACCCGUCGCAUGGCGGUGGCGGCGGCGGCGGCGGCAGCGGCGGCAGUGGCGGCAGCAGCUUGGAGAGCAGCAGGCACCUGAGCCGCAGCAACAUCGACAUCCCCCGUAGCAACGGCACCGAGGACCCCAAGAGGCAGCUGCCCCGAAAGAGGAGCGACACGUCCACCUACGAGCUGGACACCAUCCAGCAGCACCAGGCCUUCCUGUCCAGCCUCCAUGCGAGCGUGCUGAGGAGCGAGCCCUGCUCCCGCCGACCCAGCAGCUCCGCCAUGCUGGACAGCACAGGGGCCCUGGGCAAGUUCGACUUUGAAAUCGCCGACCUCUUCCUCUUCGGGUGCCCCCUGGGGCUGGUCCUGGCCUUGAGGAAGACUGUCAUCCCCACCCUGGACGUUUUCCAGCUGCGGCCGGCCUGCCAGCAAGUCUACAAUCUGUUCCACCCCGCGGACCCGUCAGCCUCACGCCUGGAGCCUCUGCUGGAACGGCGAUUCCACGCCCUGCCGCCUUUGAGCAUCCCCCGCUACCAGCGCUACCCUCUGGGCGACGGCUGCUCCACGCUGCUGGUCGAGACCGUGCAGAGAAACCCCGAGCUGGUCCUGGAGGGCGGCCCCCUGGCCCCUCUCCCUCCCGGGGAUGGCUUCCUGGAAACCAGUAUCCCAGUUCCCGCGCUCACCUGGCAAGAUGGGCCCAGCCCCAGCCCGGGCUGUGCUGAGUCGGAGGCACUCCAGACCCAUAACACGGUCUUCCAAGAGCACACGGCGCCCUCCUCUCCUGGUGCAGCCCCCGCCACCCGAGGUUUCCGCCGGGCCAGCGAGAUCAGCAUUGCUAGCCAGGUGUCCGGCAUGGCUGAGAGUUACACAGCGUCCAGCAUCGCCCAGAAGGCCCCAUCUGCGCUCAGCCACACCCCCAGCGUCAGGCGCCUGUCCCUGCUCGCCCUGCCCUCCCCACCCCCCUUCACCCCGGGUCCCCGCCCCCAGGCCAGGCUGGCGAACCCCCACCUGCCUGACUUGGACGUUGGAGAAGUUGCUGCAAAGUGGUGGGGCCAGAAGCGGAUCGACUACGCCCUGUACUGCCCGGACGCCCUGACCGCCUUCCCCACGGUGGCCCUGCCUCACCUCUUCCACGCCAGCUACUGGGAGUCAACGGACGUGGUGUCCUUCCUGCUGAGACAGGUCAUGAGGCACGACAGUUCCAGCAUCUUGGAGCUCGACGGCAAGGAGGUCUCGGUGUUCACCCCCUCGAAGCCCAGAGAGAAGUGGCAACGCAAGAGAACCCACGUGAAGCUGCGGAAUGUGACGGCCAACCAUCGGAUCAACGACGCGGUGGCCAACGAGGACGGCCCGCAGGUCCUGACGGGCCGGUUCAUGUAUGGGCCCCUGGACAUGGUCACCCUGACUGGGGAGAAGGUGGACGUGCACAUCAUGACGCAGCCGCCCUCCGGCGACUGGCUGUACGUGGACACGCUGGUGACCAACAGCAGCGGGCGCGUCUCCUACGCCAUCCCUGAGACGCACCGCCUGGGCGUGGGCGUCUACCCCGUCAAGAUGGUGGUCAGGGGAGACCACACCUUUGCCGACAGCUACAUCACCGUGCUGCCCAAGGGCACGGAGUUCGUGGUCUUCAGCAUCGAUGGCUCCUUUGCCGCCAGCGUGUCCAUCAUGGGCAGCGACCCCAAAGUGCGGGCUGGAGCUGUGGACGUGGUGCGGCACUGGCAGGACCUGGGCUACCUCAUCAUCUACGUGACGGGCCGGCCCGACAUGCAGAAGCAGCGGGUGGUGGCGUGGCUGGCCCAGCACAACUUCCCCCACGGCGUGGUGUCCUUCUGUGACGGCCUGGUGCACGACCCGCUGCGGCACAAGGCCAACUUCCUGAAGCUGCUCAUCUCCGAGCUGCACCUGCGCGCCCACGCGGCAUACGGCUCCACCAAGGACGUGGCGGUCUACAGCUCCAUCAACCUGCCCCCCAUGCAGAUCUACAUCGUGGGCCGGCCCACCAAGAAGCUUCAGCAGCAGUGCCAGUUCAUCACGGACGGUUACGCGGCCCACCUGGCCCAGCUCAAGUACAACCACCGGGCGCGGCCGGCCCGCAACACAGCCACCCGCAUGGCCCUGCGCAAGGGCAGCUUCGGCUUGCCCGGCCAGAGUGACUUCCUGCGCUCCCGGAACCACCUGCUCCGCACCAUCUCAGCCCAGCCCAGUGGGCCCGGCCUCAGGCACGAGCGGACGCAGAGCCAGCCGGAUGGGGAGCAGCGCGGCCAGCGCAGCAUGAGCGUGGCAGCUGGCUGUUGGGGCCGAACCACGGCUGGCAGGCUUGAGCCAGGGGCAGCCGCGGGCCCCAAGUAGGGCGCCCUUGGUGAGGCACGGUGGUCUCCAUGGUGCUAGGCCGGGCAGCCAGCUCACCAGGAGGCCUGGCCUGGGCACACGCCAUCGGCUGGGAACAAGCUUGUCCCGUGGCCCAGCAGAGGACACUGGCUGUGCCGCAGGCAGCCCUCCUGGCCCUGCCUCACGUCCAAGGGUCUUGAGGGCUUCCAGCUUGUCGCUGAAGCUGGCAGGACAACCAGCCAGCCCCGGGACAACAGAGGGACCAGGAACCCCCGUGUGGAAGGGCCUCACAGCUGCCCCGCGCUGACCUUGCAGCAUCCUCAUGUCAGGCCUGGCCCCAGCCUGCCGCCUCCCUGGCCACGAGCUUGACACCUGUACCCCUGCUCCCUUGGUAGCAGCUCCAGGAGGGGACGGCCUGCUUCUUGUGAACUCAAUUUACUCAACUCUGCAACCUCACUGGUUUUGCACUGAUAUUUGAGAGCAGAAACCUGGUAGCCUCGCCUACGGCCACAGACCGUUCACACGCAUGAAAAGUGGCCUUUGCCGAUCCAGGACCCGCCUCCUCGCCGAGGCUCUGGGGCGGCGCAGCCCUGUGGGAACAAGGCAGGAAGGCCGUACCUCGUUUCCGCAGCUCCGCCCCACUGUGGCAGCCCCAGCCCCCUGCCCACCUGCCCCACCUGCAGCUUGGUGAGGCCGUGGGUCUGGCGUCCUCUCUGGCUCUGGGAGCAGCCCAGGCGGUGGUGAGGCUGGUGAAGACCAGAGCCGGCUCCCGAGGAGCCCUGCCGGGGCCCACGGGGCCUGGCCACCUCGUCCACCCCUCGCCUGCCGCCCCCCUGGCCCCACACCUCAGCCCUCCCAUUUCUACACCUUUCUACUUCUCGGAUCUGAUUUCUAUGAGGUUUUUGUAAAAUGAGCAAUCCUUGGCUGCUUCCUUUUCUUAACUCUUUCAGCACCAAGCGCAGCCCCUCCCCGUGGCAACCACCCAGCACUGUGACGAGUCCAGCCAGGUCCUGGGUCCUGGCCUCCGGCCCGCGCAGUGGGCUGUGGGCUCCCGCCUCACCCUGCCCGUGGAUUCCGCUGAACUACUUCUCUGGGGCGGGUGGGGCACACACUCGCUUUUUAAACGCCGAUUCUGUUCUGAUGCCGAGUCUGAGAAGCCACGGCUCCCGCUGUUGGCUUAAGGGCAGGCAGCCACGGCUCCCAGUGCAACCCGGCCAGGACCAAGCUGGUCUGCGUGUCCGCCCUCCCUCCCCAGAGCGGAUUCCGAUGGGCUGCACUGCUCCACUCCUGGUGGCCUCUCCACUGCUCCUCCACCUGCUUGAGGCGGGAGCCUGUCUGCCAUCGGCCAGAAGCUGCUGCUGCCGCCUUGGACAAGGCCUCGGCACCACGUGGGCUGGGGCGAGGGGGGGGGGGGCGUGCCGAUGGAUGCUCACAUUUCCCCGUGUGUAGAUAUGUACAGCCAAAGGGUCGUGUAAAUGUUCUGCAAAAGUGGGUCUAUACAGAGUGAAAGCUAUUUAUUUUGUGCAGAGAAAAAUGUCUGGAGGGAUGGGACCUUCAGGGUUUAUUCAUAUUUAAGACGUAGCUUUUUGUUGUUUUAGGCGUUGUGUAUAAAGCAACGGUUAUUUUACGGACCGAGUUUUAAUGUAACCAUUGCAGUGACAGUGCAGUACCCGACCUUCCACUCCCCAGCGGGAAACCGCUCGGCCAACAAUCACGGCCCCCCCAGGGGCUAGUGCCUCCGCCUCCCUCGGCCCCCCACCCCACCCGGCCCACUGCCUGGACGACUAGCCAUCAGAGGAGCACCUGGGAGAGUCUCAGGCCCGCCUGCAAUAAAGGCCGAGGCUCUCUGGCCAGGGGGGGCGUGUGGGCAGCAGGCUCGGCCUCUCCCAGCGGGCGGCCGCCCCACGGCUCCGUGCCCCCCCCGCCCUCCUGCCCAGCCGCCAGCCAUGCCAAGGACAACAGCAAUAGUCCCCUGGGCCCCCCAGCGGCCCUUAGCCAUAGACGGGGAGACGGCGGCCCACCCUCCCCACUGAUGUCUCUGCUGCGUCCAGGUCUGCUUCCUGCCUCCCUUCAGACCCCUGUUGGCACAGUCUCCCCCUGAGGAAGCGCUGGUGUUUCAGAACCUGAGCGGGAGGCAGAGUCCUUUCAAAAGACCAAAAAUGUUUACAGCGUCGGGUGCUGAGCUGCAGGGCUCGGGCCUAACCAGUCACUACCAAAGGGUGCGGUGGGCCUUGCCGGCUGCCGCCCCACCUGGACCUGUCAGAGUAGAAGCCUUAGUUCCCCACCCCCGCCCCCCGCGUGGCCGCCUGC